UGAUCCUGUUAUGAAACAAUUUCUUCUGCACCUUGAUGAAACUUUGAAACUGGGAUCAAAAUUUGUUCUGGUAGACUUGGAUGAUUGCCACCUGUUUGUGCAACCUGAGGUGUAUAACAGUUUAAAGAACCUUAUAGAUGAGCAGUACGAGAAGGUAUACUACAAUCAGAAGAGCAGCCUGGAGUAAUAUACUGUAUACUAAUUAUGACAACACGCGAGUCAGGUCGGCUGAAGGAUGCCUCUACAAGGCGCAUCCUGGAUGAAGGUGCAAGGAGGAGGCGAGCACGUAAAGCUCUGGAAGCAUUGGAGCAGGACAAUUUCCAUGACGACCCACAUGCUAAUCUUGUUAUGAGUAAGAAGGCGCCCAAAUUUGAAGAAUCUUUGGAUGGCAGUAGAAACAAGGAUCGGAAGAGGAAAACAAGAAGUACUGAACAUUUUAAACAAAGAUUUCGAAAGAAUUUUCCCAUUUUGCUCGAAGAAGAACAAGCUUUAUAUCCUGAAGGACCAAACUACCUUACUAUACAGGCACCUCCUUCUCAACUACCUGAGAGACAUAUAUGUGCAGUUUGUGGAUUUCCUGCCCCUUACACUUGUAUUCCAUGUGGAGCAAGAUACUGUUCCACUAAAUGUCUUUCUACCCAUGAAGAUACAAGAUGUCUCAAGUGGACAGCUUAGAUUUUUAUCUUGUCAGCUGGUUAAACAGAUCUCUUUGAAAUUACAGUAUAUUGAUGGAUCAAUAGCCAGUUUUUCUUUAUUGCAUUAUGAUAAUGAAUAUACCAGGUUGAUUAUAUAAUAUAUUACAUUGUGUUUAUUUGUAGAAUUCAAUAUUUCCUUACUUAAUGUUAUUGCAAAUGACUAAGUUAUAAAUAAAACAAAUAAGAUAUAAAUUAUGCA